UCCCACUCCCACUCCCACUCCCACAGAGGGGACUCGAGGCUGACUCCACCCGCCGUCCGGCGAUGCCUUCCUGAAGUUUAAUACCUUAUGCUCAGCUUCCCCCGGCCACAGCUCCCGUCAAGAUCCCACCUUGGUUUCCCCAGAAGCACGACUCCCUCUAUGUGUACGCGACACAGCAUGUAGUUCUUGUUGUCCAGCAUGUCUCGCCCACAACAGCCCGGGUCAGGUCGUUCAGGCCAUGUUCCUGACAACUUGACCAUGACCCAAGCUUUCCCAGAGUCUGCGGACUCGUCCUCGCCGCCCUCCCCUACCUUUCGGAGGACUGGCUUAACACACAGCCAGAGCAACUUGUCUGACGAGAGAACUCCUCUCCUACCGAGCGCAGGACGGUCCAGGAUUCGACUCCAGUCAGCAGCAGAACAGACGAGGCUACCACGGCUCUCGAGUCGCCAGAGUAUAAACGGAAGUCUGCGAGCCAGUCGACAUCACAGUCGUGCUGGAUCAUGGGGCCAACGGUUAGUUACAGCACUGAAAACAGAUCGGAAGCACAAGGACUCUAUGCGCGAGUCCAAAAGCUCUCUCUACCCGGACGAUCGUGUUUGGUACGAUCAAUUCACUUCGACAGACUGGGUUCACGACAGCAUAGCAGAUGCCUACCGAGUAAAAGCUCUCCGAAGUCGAACAGACUUACGAGGGCGGAUAAAGGCAACGUUUGAUGGAGCUCAGGGCUGGAUUUUGAGCGCUGUGGUCGGCUUCCUCACGGCGGUCAUUGCAUAUGUGGUGGAUGUUUCGGAGGCUCCAGUAUUCGACUGGAAGGAUGGGUAUUGUUCAACUGGGUUCUUCAUUAGUGAGAAGCACUGUUGCCCAGAAGGAGACCGUUGCCUGGCUUGGGAAUCAUGGGCCAACUUUGUUCAAAUCCCUGGUCUCAGCGAGCAAGUUAUUGAAUUCGGGAUUUUCGUUUGCCUGGUAGUCUUGUUCUCGACUCUAUCAUGUCUAUUGACACUCACGACAAAAACUAUCGUCCCUUCAACAUACCACAUCUCGACCCUUGACGAGAAUCUAGCUGCCUUGUCGAUUCGGCCGAAUCUUCCCCAGGAUGACGGGGUGAGCAGUCCAAACCUGGUUCCUGACGAUACAUUGGCCCCUCCGAUGGUAUAUUACUCAGCCGCUGGAUCCGGGGUAGCUGAAGUCCGUGUCAUACUCAGUGGCUUUGUUCUUCAUGGGUUUUUGGGCAUGAAAACCUUGAUCAUCAAGACCCUCGCUUUGAUAUUGAGUGUCGCUUCUGGUCUAAGCUUGGGUAAGGAAGGACCCUUCGUUCACAUUGCCACUUGUGUUGGCAAUAUUGCAUGUCGCCUGUUCACGAAAUAUGACAAAAACGAUGGAAAACGAAGAGAGGUCCUUUCGGCUGCCGCAGCAGCAGGUGUUGCUGUUGCGUUUGGAGCUCCCAUAGGAGGUGUUCUCUUUUGUCUAGAAGAAGUGGCCUACUUCUUCCCGGCAAAGACAUUAUUCCGCACCUUUUUCUGCUGCAUAACGGCGGCUCUAACUCUAAAAUUUCUCAACCCAUACGGUACCAACAAGAUUGUGAUGUUCGAAGUUCGAUAUUUGACAGAUUGGGAGUUCUUCGAGAUCGCGGCAUUCAUCACCGUCGGGAUUCUCGGAGGAGCUGCUGGAGCAAGCUUCAUUAAGGCAUCUCGGUCGUGGGCUAAAUCCUUUCGGAAAAUACCAAUCAUCAAAAAAACGCCAGUUGCUGAAGUCAUGUUGGUGGCCUUAAUCACCGGCAUUGUCAGCUACUGGAAUCCAUAUACGAAGGUUCCUGUUGCAAAGCUGUUAUUUAAUCUAGCUAGUCCAUGUGACAUCAAUAAGCCAGAUGACCUGGGGCUGUGCCCUACCGACAUGGACGAAAUAUUCCCAGUUGUUCGCAGUCUAGGUGUCGCAUUCAUUAUCAAAGGCAUUCUCACGAUCAUUACGUUUGGCAUUAAAGUGCCCGCUGGAAUUUAUGUUCCCUCAAUGGUUGUGGGUGGUCUCGGUGGCAGGCUCAUUGGACACCUGAUACAAUGGCUUGUACUUCGAUUCCCAACAUCGCCCAUAUUUGGAAAUUGCGCCGCACACGUUACUGGGCAAUCUUGUAUCACACCAGGAGUUUAUGCGCUCAUUGCGGCUGGCUCCACAAUGUGUGGCGUUACUAGAUUAUCGGUCACUUUGGUUGUUAUCCUAUUCGAACUAACUGGUAGCCUCGACUAUGUUUUACCAUUCUCCUUGGCUAUUCUAGUGUCGAAAUGGACCGCCGACUUCAUGGAGCCUCUCAGUAUUUAUGACUUACUCACCAAUCUCAAUUCCUAUCCGUUCUUGAAUAACAAGCACAAGCCAAUCUUUACCUCUGAUUUGGCUGAUAUACUACCUCGUGUACGUCGAGAGAGGAUCAUCGACAUCACCAGCUCGCCACUGGUAUCAGCAAGCAGUCUUCGGCGAAAACUGGAGUUGCUUCACCAAGCCGGCGAAGUAGACGGCGGUUUGCCAAUUAUCAGAGAUGAAAUCCUCGUGGGAUUGAUUCCAGCGCCCGAUCUGGAGUAUGCCUUGGACAAUUUAGAAGAUGAGACAGAAAGUUUGUGUCUAAUGGCCAAGGUAACGAGUUUUGAUGACUCGGAUGAUGAAGCAACGUCUGACCCCACAGACUUCUCAUCUUAUAUUGAUCCAGCGCCUCUUGCAUUGGAUAUUCAAUCACCAAUGGACCUGGUAUACGAGUGCUUUGUCAAGCUUGGGCUGAGGUACGUCUGUGUCACACGAGACGGAAAAUAUGCCGGAUUGACUCACAAGAAAACAUUCGUGAAAUACAUGAGAGAAUUGGAAGAACGGGACGGGCAUAUGUGAGCUUGGAGUUUCGGGACGCAUCAGCAUAGUAACAGCAUCAGCAUUUCGCAUCAACUACAGCAUCGGGCAGGGACGAUUUGCAUCGCACGAGGAGUGUGUAGGAGUUGGAUUUCAUUCCCUUCUCUUUUCAGUAUAUCACUAGGUGCAUAGCCUCGGCGUCCUCCAUAUUUUCUGGCUUCAUCAUACUGUAGAUGGCGUCUCUUAGAUUUCAGAUUGAAUACAAUUAGAUGCA